CCUCCUACUUCGUGUUAAACUCCACGCCCAGUUUCAGGGACUCUAGACCAGGGAGAAACAAAAGAAGGAAAAAAAAUAAAAAAACAGAAUAAUAGAGAGAGUGAGAGGAGUUUUAGCGAAGAAUUGUGAUCUCUUUUGCAUUCUUGAUUUAUAGAUAAGAACAUAUUCUCAAAAUUUCACAAGAUCUUAAAUUAAACCCUAGAUUCGUAUUUUUGGAGGGAUUUUUAACUCUCUCCUGAUCCGUUUAUUCAUGGCGCAUCAGAGGAAAAAGCUUUUGUUCCUACUAUGCGUUCUUUGUUACGCUCUUACCACCAUUUCCGGGAAGAGCUAUUAUGAGAUAUUGCAAGUACCGAGGGGAGCAUCAGACGAGCAGAUCAAAAGAGCGUAUAGAAAGCUGGCAUUGAAGUAUCAUCCUGACAAGAACCAGGGCAAUGAAGAGGCUAACAAGCGAUUCGCUGAGAUUAACAAUGCUUACGAGGUUUUAUCCGAUAAUGAGAAGAGAAAUAUAUACGAUAAGUAUGGAGAAGAGGGGCUGAAACAGCAUGCCGCCAGUGGUGGCAGAGGUGGAGGCAUGGGCGUCAACAUUCAAGACAUUUUUAGCUCUUUUUUUGGUGGAGGUCCAAUGGAAGAGGAAGAAAAAAUUGUUAAAGGUGAUGAUGUGAUUGUUGAGCUGGAUGCAACACUAGAAGAUUUAUACAUGGGAGGUUCACUGAAGGUUUGGCGGGAGAAAAACAUCAUAAAGCCAGCUCCAGGCAAGAGACGGUGCAACUGCAGAAAUGAGGUGUAUCACAAGCAAAUUGCUCCAGGGAUGUUUCAACAGAUGACUGAGCAGGUCUGUGAGCAAUGCCAAAAUGUCAAAUAUGAGCGGGAGGGAUAUUUUAUCACAGUUGAUAUUGAAAAAGGGAUGCAUGAUGGACAAGAGGUGGUUUUCUAUGAAGAUGGUGAACCAAUAAUAGAUGGUGAACCUGGAGAUCUGAAGUUCCGUAUUCGCACAGCACCCCAUGAUACCUUCAGAAGGGAAGGAAAUGACUUGCAUACAACUGUCACUAUUACACUGGUUCAAGCUCUUGUUGGUUUUGAGAAGACCAUUAAGCACCUUGAUGAACAUUUGGUUGACAUUAGCUCAAAGGGAAUCACUAAGCCCAAGGAAGUGAGAAAGUUCAAAGGGGAAGGAAUGCCAUUGCAUUAUAGCAACAAGAAAGGAGACCUCUAUGUGACAUUUGAGGUUCUAUUUCCCACAUCUCUUACAGAGGAUCAGAAGAAGAAGAUCAAGGAAGUUCUUGGCUAGGAUAUAGAAUUAAAAUGUUUCUUUUUGGGUUCUAAGGUAUUCCCAGUGUAACAUGACAAGAUUAUAUAGGAAAACCAGGAGCUAAGGUUUUACUCUCUCUCUUCUUUACCCCGUUUCCACCGUUCAUUAACAAGUAGUGCAGAGCCUAAAGAUGUCUUUUUGCUGUAGUACUUUCCGUUGUCUUUCAUACUGUUGGCCUCCCUGGCAUAAUAUUUUUUGCCCAUAUGAGCUAUAAUGAAAAUUGCGAGACUAAAAUUAAU